AUGUCGUCGAACUUCAAUUCCCUCAACGAUGCCGAGCAACAUGUCAUUCUGCGGAAAGGAACCGAACGUCCUUUCACCGGCGAAUAUACCGACUUAAAAGCGAAAGGAACGUUCAUUUGCCGGCAAUGCAACAUGCCGCUCUAUCGCUCGGACGACAAGUUCGAGAGCCAUUGUGGAUGGCCCAGUUUCGAUGACGACCUGCCAGACUCGGUGAAACGUGUCCCGGAUGCCGAUGGUCGCCGCACCGAGAUCGUCUGCGCCAACUGCGGCGGGCACUUGGGCCACGUAUUUGAAGGAGAAGGCUUUACCUCAAAGAACACGCGGCACUGCGUCAACUCGAUCUCCAUGCGUUUUAUUCCGGAAGGCGAGACACUGCCGGAGGUGAUCCGGCCGUAG